AUGCCGCGCUUCGUCAUCGGCAACAUCUAUGUGAUUGCGUCCAUCGCCGUGGUCGGAGGCGGCCUCUUUGGCUUCGACAUCGCCUCCAUGUCAGGCAUCCUCGGCACCGCGGGCUACAAGUGCUACUUCAACCAGGGUCCCGAGGGGCCCCCGUUCAACGACAACGAGAACUGCUCGGGACCCAAGUCGCUCGUUCAAGGUGGAAUCACCGCGUCGAUGGCGGCGGGGUCCUGGGCUGGGGCACUCAUCUCGGGGUACAUGUCCGACUGGCUCGGGAGGAAGAUGUCUAUUAUCCUUGGAUGUCUGUUCUGGAUCGCCGGGUCUACCGUCAGUGCUGCGUCGCAGAAUAUCGGCAUGCUCAUCGGGGGAAGAAUUCUCAACGGCGUCUCCGUGGGCAUAGAAUCCGCGCAGGUCCCGGUCUACGUCUCGGAGCUGGCACCACCCUCGAAGAGAGGCCGUUUGGUCGGACUCCAGCAGAUGGCCAUCUCCUGCGGAAUCAUGACCAUGUAUUAUAUCUCUUAUGGCGGAGCACAUAUCGGUGGCCAGACUUCCAGCACCUACAACCCGCUCUCGUUCCGUGUACCGUGGGCAAUCCAGAUGGUUCCCGCGAUCUACCUCAUGAUUGGCAUGACCUUCCUGCCCGAGUCGCCUCGCUGGCUUGCUAAAAAGGAUCGCUGGGAGGAAUGUAAAGCGGUGUUGACGCUGGUGCACGGCAAAGGGAACCCAGACCAUCAACUGGUGGUUUUGGAACUGGCGGAGAUCAACGUGGCAUGCGAGCUUGAACGGCAGUUUGGCGAUGUCACGUAUUGGGAGCUGUUCAAGCCCAAGAUGAUCAAUCGCACGAUUAUUGGCGCCUUCGAUCAAAUCUGGUGUCAGCUCAGUGGGAUGAACCUGAUGAUGUAUUAUGUGACCUUUGUGUUCGGUAUGGCUGGGUACAAGGGCAACUCCAAUCUCCUGGCCUCGUCGAUCCAGUAUGUCAUCAACGUGGUCAUGACAAUCCCUGCCUUGAUCUGGGUCGAUAGGUGGGGUCGCCGACCGACGCUCAUGGUUGGAAGUAUCGGAUGCGCCAUCUGGAUGUUCGCCAGUGGAGGCGUUCUGGGGACAUACGGUACCUUUGUGCCCGGCGGCGUCAACGGCGUGGCAGAACAAUCGAUGCUGAUCAGUGGCGCACCCGCAAAAGCGCUGAUUGCAUUCACAUAUCUCUUCGUUGGUACGUUUGCAACAACCUGGUCUCCGGUAUCUUGGAUCUACCCGCCAGAGCUGUUUCCACUACGAGUUCGGGGAAAGGCUGUGGCCCUGAGUACCUCCGCCAACUGGGCCUUCAACACUGCCCUGGGCUUAUUCGUCCCAGUUGCCUUUGUCAACAUUCAAUGGAGGACGUACCUCAUCUUCGGGACAUUCCUAAUCGCCUCGUUCAUACACGUCUUCUUCUUUUUCCCAGAGACCUCCGGGAAGACUUUGGAAGAAGUGGAAGGCAUAUUCGAGGAUCCUCAUGGCAUCAAGUACUUGGGGACACCGGCGUGGAAAACUCACAAGGAGACCAAAAGAGCUUCAGCACUGGAACGUAACAGUAUCGAUGCUAGUGAGUUGGAGGCAUGGAAGGCUGAAAGCAAACCAGUGGAGGCGGCAACGGUCGUGCACCAAGAAGUUGCUUGA